GGGGCGUCGGGGGCGGGGUCGGAAGUGACGACAGAAGCAGGGGGCGGAGACCCAAGAUGGCGGCUAUGGUCUUGGCGACGGCGCGGCUGCUGCUGCGCGGCUCGGGCUCGUGGCGCCGCUCGCGGCUGAGGUCCGGAGCUCCUCCACACAGACAGUCCAGGAGUGGCAGCGCCUCUGCCAACGUCCCGCUCUCAUCCCCCUUACCCGGAGUGCCUGAGCCUGUUUUUGCUACAGUCGAUGGACAGGAAAAGUUUGAAACCAAAGUCACCACGCUGGAUAAUGGGCUUCGCGUGGCCUCCCAAAACAAGUUUGGACAAUUUUGUACAGUAGGAAUUCUUAUUAAUUCAGGAUCAAGAUAUGAAGCAAAAUAUCUUAGUGGAAUUGCUCACUUUUUGGAAAAAUUGGCAUUUUCGUCGACAGAUCGAUUUAACAGCAAAGAUGAAAUUCUGCUUACGUUGGAAAAGCACGGGGGUAUUUGUGACUGCCAGACAUCAAGGGACACCACCAUGUAUGCUGUGUCUGCUGACUCUAAAGGCCUGGACACGGUGGUUGGGUUGCUGGCUGACGUGGUCCUGCACCCCAGGCUCACAGAUGAAGAAAUUGAGAUGACCCGAAUGGCUGUCCAGUUUGAGCUGGAGGACCUUGACAUGCGGCCUGACCCAGAACCGCUUCUCACGGAGAUGAUUCAUGAGGCUGCUUAUCGGGAAAACACAGUUGGCCUCCACCGUUUCUGCCCCACAGAAAACAUAGCAAAGAUUGAUCGAGAAGUGCUUCAUUCAUACCUAAGAAACUACUACACCCCCGACCGCAUGGUGCUGGCUGGAGUCGGGGUGGAGCAUGAGCACCUGGUGGAAUGUGCCAAAAAGUACCUCCUGGGAACCCAACCGGCCUGGGGAUGUGAGAGGGCUGUGGACGUUGACAGAUCGGUAGCACAGUACACCGGGGGCGUUGUCAAGCUGGAAAGAGACAUGUCCAACGUCAGUCUGGGUCCUGCCCCGUUUCCUGAGCUCACGCACAUCAUGAUAGGACUGGAGAGCUGUUCCUUCUUGGAGGAAGAUUUCAUCCCCUUCGCCGUCCUGAACAUGAUGAUGGGGGGUGGCGGCUCCUUCUCAGCCGGUGGGCCUGGCAAAGGCAUGUUUACCAGGCUCUACCUUAACGUGCUCAACAGGCACCACUGGAUGUACAACGCGACCUCGUACCACCACAGCUAUGAGGAUACGGGCCUCUUGUGCGUGCACGCCAGCGCCGACCCCAGACAGGUUCGAGAAAUGGUGGAAAUCCUCACGAAGGAAUUUAUUUUAAUGGCGGGAACUGUGGAUGUGGUGGAGCUGGAGCGGGCCAAGACGCAGCUGAUGUCCAUGCUCAUGAUGAACCUGGAGUCCAGGCCUGUGAUCUUUGAGGACGUAGGGAGACAGGUGCUGGCGACCCGUUCCAGGAAACUGCCUCACGAGCUGUGCACGCUCAUCCGCUAUGGUCCCAGGUCCCUCCUCAGGAGGCUGGGCUGCGCGAGCGGCUGCCGCCCUACGAAGCCCUGGGAGGGGGUGUUUUUUCCAUCCCCGCAGCCUCUCCAUGUGGGUAGCUCUGCAGACAAGGAGCUGUUGCAUUACAGCGUGAAGCCGGAAGACAUCCGGAGAGUUGCCUCUCAGAUGCUUCGCAGGAAGCCCGCGGUGGCGGCCCUGGGUGAUCUGAGCGACCUGCCAGCCUACGAGCACAUCCAGGCGGCGUUGUCCAGCAGAGAUGGGCGCCUGCCCAGGAUCUACCGGCUCUUCCGCUAGAGGCUGCCGGACACGUGGCCCGACUGCAGCUGCGGGAGCCGUGUGUGUUCAUAUGUUUCUCUGUGGGUGUGAGUUUACUGCAAAGAUUCAUAAAUGGUGCAAACCACGGGACUCUUAAACUUGGACAAAUUUAAUGUCGCUGAGCACAGCUCAAUUUCCGGUUCUUUGCUGUUGAAUAGGCCACUCGGUGGAAUAAAGGUUUGCCCUCACCGUGGCUAGAAA